AUGGCAGCAGCAGCAAUCUGCAUGUGCCUCUGGAGUCCUGGAUGGCAGCCUCAGCUCGUGCCUGCACCUGGAGCUCAUGUAGGCAUUGCACUGCUGCCAGCCGCCAUCACAGACACGAGCUGUGUGCAGCCCAUCAUUGCCAGAGUCACCAAGGUGCUGCGCAGGACCGGUUCGCAGGGACAGUGCACGCAGGUGUGCGUAGAAUUCAUGGAGGACAGGAGCCGCUCCCUGAUCGGAAACGUGAAAGGCCCCAUGCGCGAGGGCAACAUGCUCACCCUGUUGGUGUCAGAGCCAGAGGCUCAGAGGCUGCGCGGAACCAUGUAA